CCACAGCUAUGACACGCCCCCACCACAUCGCCAUCGCCAUUGUGGUUUUUGUUUUGUGUCGCACUUUUUGUGCGAUUUCAUCCACUUUCAAAGCUGAUUUUUCGCAAAGUUGCAAACUUCUACAACCCUUGCGUAUUUUAAAGUCAUCCGAACCUUUACAGCUGUUUGAACAUCUGCAUCUCUGCUCGUCCUUGCCGGCACAAUUUAUUUGAUUUUUCUGGUUUUUUCAACCACUUGCGUUGGCCUGUUAGCCACCAGAACCAGAAGUCGACUUUGAGAUGUCCUUCAACUAUGGAGGCGGCGGGGCGCCAAACCCGUGGGGCGGCAAUAAUUUCCAGGGCAACGGAGGCAUGGGGGGUUUCGGGGGAGGCCCAGCCAACAUGAACAUGAACCCAGCCCAGGCCCAACUAGCCAUGGGUCUGAUCACCAACCUUCUUGGCAUGCAGCAACAGCAACAACCCCCUGUUAAUAUGAUGGGCCAGCAGCCCAUGAUGGGUGGCAUGGGAGGCCAGCCAAUGAUGGGGGCAAUGGGAAGUGGCUUUGGUGCAGGCGGAGGCAGCGUGGGGUACUCAACCGGCCGAAGUUAUUCUCCUCCGAGACGCAGAUUCCGCAGCCCGUCUCCUCGUCGUAACCAAGCUCGAAGACCUGCCGGUGGUUCUGGAAAGUCUUAUGAUGAUCGGAACAGGAGGCAGCCCAACAAGAGGGAUGUACCAAGAGGAGGCAAGAGGGGUGGCAAUUUUAGACCUAACAAUAAGAAGGACGUGCCAAAGAAGGAAGAAAAGAAAAAGGUGGAAGAGAAAAAAGCCGAAGAAAAAAAGGUGCAAGUCGAAGUGAAAGAAGAAAAAGAAGUUGUUGUCAAGAGAGAGCCUGAGGAUUCCGCAGCUGAGGUUGAAAAGCCGGAAGAGUUGGAAAAGCAAGAUGAAGAGAAACCAGAGAAAAAAGUUGACGAAGAAAAGGAAGGCAGCCCAGAAAAGGGAAAGCAGGACGAGAAGAAAGCUGACGAAGAAGGCAGUCAAACUGGUGAUCAAAGGGGUCUUGCUUUUGAGGGGCUGCCGAAUGCUGCUUUCCGCUGCCACUUGUGCAAGAAGAGCAUGUGGGACGCUAGGUCAUUUGACAAUCACAUUCACGGGGUGGCGCACCUGCGUAUGCUGGACACAAUCGAGAAGGAGUAUUCGGCAAAGGCCAAGUCUCUGCGUGAAGCUUGCCAUAGUGAGGAGUUGCGCAUGCAGAGGAGCCUGGAGCACGACGCCAGGAUGAAGAACAAACCUUUGCCGACCAGGCGUGACUUCUGCAAAAUGUGCGACAUGACCAUCAAUGGCUCCGUCUUGAGUCACCGUCGCUCCUCUCAGCACCAGGCGCUGAAGAAUCAUUUGCACCCCAAGUGUUCCACUUGCCAGAUCGAUCUUCCGUCAAGGAUUGAUCUCGACAUUCAUGUUCUGACAGCCGAGCAUUUGAAAAGGCUGUUCAGGGAUGUGAUCAGCAAGAACAAGGAGAGGAAGCGUGAAAGAAGUGGAGAAAGAUCCAGGAAGAAGAUUGAGCCAGUUGGAGAAUUUGAUCCGAAGAAACCAGUCGGGGAAAGCUUCAUGUUGAAAGUGACUGGAAUGUUCUGCAAGCUGUGCCGCCGCUUCUUCCUUAGAGAGGACCAAAAUCUGAAGGACCAUUGCAAAACCAAGGAACAUUAUGACAACUUGGUUGCUCAUCAGAAAGAGGAGAUGAAAAAAGAAGAAGACGACGCAGCCAAGAAAAAGGAGGAAGAAAAAGCAGCUGAAAUAGCUGAGGAUGGUCCUGAAGCCAAGCGGGCAAAGUCUGACCAGGGUGACGUGGAAAAAGAGCUGUACGAUCCGAAUGUUGCGACUGAAGACCCCGAAGAACAAGAAUUUCAAGAAGGACCAGAGGAUGAAAAUGAGAACGGCCUUGAUCAUGAGGGUGAGACCACAGAACUCGAGACUACGGAGACCAUCCAGGAAAAUGAGCAAAUGGAUCGCGAAAUGAUGCAACAGGACGAACUGUUUUUGGACGAGCUCGAAGCAGACUUAGGUUUUGAAAAAGUGGAUAACGAGCAGGUCAUGGAGAAUCAGGAUGAUUUUCUACUAGAGGAGCAAGAGGCGCAGUUACCUCCUCAAGAGAAGUCUUCGCCAGGCAAGAGCAGGGGUCGAGGCGCUCGAAGAGGACGGGGUCGUGGUAGAGGCAAAUAGGUGGAAAAUUUUGUCUACAAAUAAGUUGAGCUGAAUUUUAAGCAUUAAAGUUAGAGCUUGGCUCUUAAAAUGGAAAAUUUGUU